UAUAUAUACUUGUAAACUAUCUUCUCCCAAGUUUUCAAGUUUCAACCCACAACUACCAAAUCUAACCACACCAUGGACUGGACUAGGGGAUGUACCCUUGGCCGUGGGUCCUCCGCCACCGUCUCCAUCGCCACCUCCCACCUCUCCGGUGACAUCUUCGCCGUGAAAUCAACUGAGCUCUCCCACUCCAAAUUGCUCAAGAGGGAACAGAGGAUUCUCUCCACAGUGAGGUCUGCUCACGUGAUUGAAUACAGAGGGUGGAAUGUCACGUGCGAGAAUGGGAAGCAGAUGUACAAUCUGUGCAUGGAGUACGCCGCCGGUGGCACGCUCAAGCAGCGCGGCAGCCUGGGAGAGGCCGCCAUCAGAGCCAACACGCGCGCCAUUCUGCAGGGCCUCCAGUAUCUUCAUUCCAAUUGCAUUGUCCACUGCGACAUCAAAAGCGAGAAUAUUCUGAUCACCGGCGACGGGUUGAAGAUCGGCGACCUGGGUUGCGCUAGACUCGCCGACGAUUUCUCGGAUUCGGUUUGUGGGACGCCGGUGUUCAUGGCGCCCGAGGUGGCGCGCGGGGAGGAGCAGGGGUUCGCCGCUGAUGUGUGGGCUCUUGGGUGCACGAUCAUUGAGAUGGCCACCGGGCGGGCGCCGUGGACGGAUGUUUCCGACCCGGUUUCGGCUGUUUACCGAAUUGGGUUUUCCGGGGACGUGCCGGAGAUUCCAGGGUGGGUGUCGGAGGAGGCUAAGGAUUUUUUGGGCAAGUGUUUGGUGAGGGACCCAGUGCAGAGGUGGUCAGUUGGCGAGCUUCUUGGGCACCCUUUUGUCAACGAAGCUUGUGUUUUUUCCAAAGAAGUUCAUGGGUCAAGUUCAAGCAGUCCGACAAGUGUGUUGGAUCAAAGGUUCUGGAGCUCCUCCAUUGAAGAACUGUACCCAUUUCACAAGAAAUCUUGGAAUUCUCCAAGGGAGAGGAUCCAGUUCUUGGCAAAUUCAAAUUCAGGAUUGCCCAAUUGGGGAUGGGAUGAAAAUUGGGUGACAGUGAGGAGUGGCAGCAUGGAAGAACCAGAGGUGGUUUCUGAGGCUCCCACGGCCACCAUGGCUUGGGCCGGUGAGGACCCUGGCAUGGUAGGUUUCAGGGAACCCACACCCGCUGCUGCAAAGGACAGUUGUAAUAGUUGUAAUCUGUCACGUUUAAAAUGUAAAUGCAUGAAUUAUGUUUUAUGUGGAAAUCUUAAUUUUGAUUUUGUGGCAAAUUUUAAUGAUAGUUCCAGUCGUCUACUCCACCUCUACCAUAACUUAACUAAAUUUGGGAGCAAGAUUGAUUUAGCAAUUUCAAAUGGAUUAAGUUGUCUAAGUGUCACAUGA